GUCCAUCUUACGUGUCAUCAACAAACAAUAAAUUUUUCUUCUUUUCUUUUUUAAUUUUUCACUGAAUUCAGAAUCCACUUUCCACUUUGGAUAAGGAUUUCUCUUCACUUCACUUCAUUCAAUUACCGCCAAAAAGCUUAUAAAUACCCCCAAAAAUUUCCUCAUUUCAACCCAACCAAUUCUUCCUCUCAAAUUUUCCCCCCAAAGAAAGAAAAUUUCUUAAUCAUGGCUCAAGAAAACGCCAAAAACCCAGCCGCUUUCCAGCUCCAGUCUUCCUCCUCCUCCCUCCCUUCUUCUCCUCCGCCGGAGCCCGUCCGGAACUUGGUAAUGGUGGCCGCCAUAGCCGCCGGAAUCCAAUUCGGGUGGGCCCUGCAACUCUCCCUUCUGACGCCGUACGUCCAGCUUCUGGGUAUCUCCCACAAGCUGGCUCCCAUCAUUUGGCUCUGUGGGCCCAUUUCCGGGAUGCUUGUUCAGCCCAUGGUCGGAUACUACAGCGACAAUUGCACCUCCCGGUUCGGUCGCCGGAGACCCUUUAUUGCCGCCGGCGCCGCCCUCGUCGCCGCCGCCGUCGUCCUUAUCGGAUUCGCGGCGGACAUUGGCCAUAUGAGCGGCGACCCUCUCGGGAAAGCAAUGAAGCCUCGGGCUAUUGGUGUGUUUAUUGUUGGAUUUGCAAUUCUUGAUGUCGCCAACAACAUGCUUCAGGGUCCAUGCAGAGCACUGCUAGCUGAUCUUUCCGGCGGAAACGCGAAAAAGACGCGGGUGGCGUAUUCCGGCUACUCUUUCUUCAUGGCCGUCGGAAACAUCCUCGGUUACGCCGCCGGUUCAUACUCCAAACUGUACAAAAUCUUCCCAUUUACCCAAACAAAAGCCUGUGACGUUUACUGUGCAAACCUCAAGAGCUGCUUCGUGAUCUCAAUCGCCCUUCUCCUCGCCUUAACCAUACUGGCUUUAUCAUUGGUCCGUGAAAUUCCGUUCACCGGAAACCCGGACGCCGAGGGCCAGAAACAGAGCAAGGUGCCCUUUUUCGGCGAGAUUUUCGGGGCCCUGAGAGACCUCCCCAGGCCCAUGUGGAUUCUGUUGAUCGUGACGUUUCUCAACUGGAUCGGGUGGUUCCCGUUCUUCCUGUUCGACACCGACUGGAUGGGCCGGGAAGUCUACGGCGGCGAAGUCGGAAACUCUCUCUACGACAAGGGUGUACGCGCCGGAGCUCUUGGGCUGAUGUUGAACUCGGUGGUUUUGGGUGUGGCAUCGGUGUUGGUUGAGCCGUCGGCGCGUCUGGUUGGCGGUGUGAAGCGGUUGUGGGCCGGUGUUAAUUUCAUCCUCGCCGGUGGUUUGGCUUUUACCGUUCUGAUCACCAAAAUGGCCAACUCCACGCGCCACGCCAACGGUGCUCCCUCCGAAGGCGUCAAGAUUGGGUCGUUGGCGUUAUUCUCCGUCCUCGGUGUCCCUCUUGCUGUGACCUAUAGUAUUCCUUUUGCUUUGGCAUCAAUAUUUUCGACCGAUUCCGGCUCAGGACAAGGUCUCUCACUUGGAGUUCUGAAUCUUGCAAUUGUUGUGCCUCAGAUGCUUAUUUCUCUAACGAGUGGACAAUUUGAUGCAUUAUUUGGAGGAGGCAAUAUACCAGCAUUUAUAGUGGGUGCUGUUGCGUCAGCAAUUAGUGGAAUUAUCGCAUUUACCAAAUUACCGUCUCCUCCGUCAGAUUUACCAGCACACAAAACUCAAGCCUUUUUACCUGGGGGGCAUUGAGAAAGAUAUUAGAAUGGAAGUCCCCCCUUUUUUUAACCAUGGGCAUCCUCCUAAAUGGAGGAGUAAUUAAAUCAGAUCAAAAUGUGGUGAAAAUUCCUAAUUUGAUCUGUAUUACAAGCCUCUUUUCUUGUUUGUUCAUAAGGGUUGUACUUUUUUUAGAGGGUCUAUAUAAUUGCAAGUGUUCCCUUUUGUAACAACUUCUUUCUUUCUUCUCUUGUCAAACAUCAUCAUCAAAGAUGUUGUAUCCAAAAACUUUGGUAGAAAAAUGUGAUAAAAAAAAAGGUCAAUAUUUUCUGUCCUUUUUUUGCACUUUGAUCUUUGUAGUUUAUUGUUUGUCUUUCUUCCUUUUUCAUUGGAGCUUAGAAGUGUCACUACUCACUAGCUUUUUGGAAAAUUCUCAAUGACGCAAGAUUUUUUAAUUAGGGCCACAUUACAUAUUACUCUUUUUUUCUUUCUUUUUUACUACUUUUUAGCACAUUGCACCCAAACUGAACCGUUUUGUUACUCUUUUUUUUUUUUUUUUUUUAAGCUAGUUCCUUUUAUUAAUCAUUCUUCACUAAAAUAAUUGUGUUCCUUUAUCAAUGGUCAUUUGAGGCACUAUUAGAACAUCAAGAACGGAAAAAGAAAAAGUAUGUUUAGUCCAAAAUCUUUGGCAAAAUAAUCAAAUAGCUAUGAAUUUCAAAAGUUAUUACUCUGUUUAGCAAAUCCAGACAAAAACUUGUAUUGGGGGAACCAACCUAAUUGAAUCACUACUUAUAAAGUUCAAAUAAUUUUUUAAAAAUAUUACUUUACAUCUUUUUUUCCCCCUUGAAAGUUAUUUAUCCAAAUAUUCCUUUUUACGGAUUAUAUCUUUUGUUAUUUUGAAUUCCCUAUGUUAAUAUUUAAUCUUUUAUCUUACCAAGAUUAAUUUGCUUAAAUAUAACAAUCCAUUCAUAUUUAUUAAAAAAAGUCCCUUCACAAAGUAAGUUUUUCUCCCGCAGGAUUGGGAAUAAAGAUAUGUAUUGGUAUAAAUUCCACAUUAGUUAAUAGUAACAAAGACAAAUAACCUACUAGGGCACACUUUUUGUUAGGUUCAUAUUGAACUCUUUGCUUUUUCUUUUUUUCUUUUUUUUUUUGUUGGCUCGGGACAAAUUCCUGACCAGAAGCGACCAUUUGGCCCAUUUCUAUGUGAUAGAAGUGACUAAUUGUUCCUUAGGAUUAUACAUGAAUUUUGUUGAAAUGCCUAAAUUAUUAUACGGCAAGUCUAUAAUCUAAAAAUAAUAAUUAAUGGGUGAUAAAAUUUUCACACGUGCGUUUCUUACUCAGAUUUCUAUUUUAACGAAGAAACUUUUAUUUACUUUCUUGACCAUUAGUGAGAAUCGAACCUGGACACUUCGGGUUAGAUAUGUGAAAAGUUUCUAAUAACCACUUGGCUCCCCUUUCAUUCCAUACAUGCAUUUUCAGAAAUUAUGCAAUUAUCAUUGAGUUAGGCAUUUAUAUACAGUGUCACUGUAGCUAGGUUAACAUUUUUUUGAAAAGAUAUAUAUAAAAAAAAAACUGACAAUUUUGGUUUUGAUUCUAUUCCCACUGGAAAAAAAAAAAAAAAACGAAUUUUAAUAGACACUAAGGAAACCAUAGGUUGAUGCCACGUUAUAAUGUCAUUGAGAGCUUAAAUAAAAAAGCAAAGAGCCAAAGAUGAAGAAGAAGAGAGGAAGGUUCUAUUCUUCCCAGAAAAUAAGAACACUUUCGGCGCUUUUUAGGUUCUUCAGAAACAGGAAAAAGAUGAAGAACAAAAAGGGUAUGAUGUGGGGGCAGUAGAUAAGAAGAAAGCCUAUCAUCCAUAUACAGAUAUGGCAAAAGGGCUUUGUUUUUAUUAAAAUUAAUUUUAUUUUAUUUAAUUUCCCCCCCUAAAAGAUAGUACAUGCAUGUUCUAUAUGCUCUAGGCGUGACCAAUUAUUAUUAUUAUUUUUGUAUAUAAGAAAUGAUUAUUAAAAAGUUGAGUUUGGUGCCAAAAAUGUAUUUGCUGUCAUUUACUUAUAUGAUGAUGAUGGUCUUCAGAAGGAAGAAUCCACGCACAUAAUCGUAUGUAGGUCAGAUUUAUUGCUUAUUUUGGUUUCCUUCCAAAGAAGAUAAUGAAAAAAGAAUUAGUAAGCAAUUGUAAUUAUUAGUUCCUCACUGUAUGUGAUCAGGAAUUUUUGAUUUGGUGGCGUACUUGUUUUGAUCCCUUUUUUGUUGUGGAUGUGAUAUUGAUCCGUAAUUACUUAGUUUUAGCUACUAAUGAUAACAAUAAUUAUUUUAAAUUAUUUUCUUUGUCCCAAAAUUAUUGUCCACAGUGGAGCCAUGAAAUUCAUGUAGGGGGUGUAAUAUUUUGGAAAAAAACUACUAAUGAAC